CAUUCCAUUUCCAUAUAUGUAAAAAAUUAUAUAAUAUACUCUGUCUCUAUUCUGUGAUCAUAUAAACAAACCCCCUCUUGCCUCUGCUAUUUCUCAAUUUAUAUUUCUAUGAACCAACCUCUCCAAUUUCAGCUCUGAAUUUUUGAACCCACAUAUAUAUAUAUAUAUAGAUAAUAACCUAAUAUUUUUACUAACGAAAAGAACAAAACAAAAAUCUUAGUCAAUGGUGGUGGUGGUGGUGACUGACGACUCCAGCGGUUGUUCCUCUCCCUUAUCGAAUACCCAAUUGCCUAAUAAAAUAUGGGAGGCUGAGCAAAACGACGUCGUUCCAUUACAGCAAAAUAGGCAUAAUCUGGCGCCAGAAGUGGUAGUGUUACUAGCUUCGGUGAAAGAAGAGAAAGAAGAAGACCAGACGACUGCUUGUGUUAUUGGAGCUAGAGAUGGCGGUUCAUCUUCGUCGUCUUCUGAUAUUCCCUCAUUGGACCAUCCUCCUCAGAUAAUUCCUUCAUCGCCUUCGUCUCCGGUACUGUCGAUGGAGGCUUUUGUUGAUGAGGAGAAUAAGUUUGGUCAGUUAUCAGUCAAAAUUGAAGAAGAAAUCAUCGGUAAUAAUGUGUAUGAAAAUAAGGAGGGAGGUAGCAUCGUUAAUGGUGGGUGUUCUUCUUCGUCUCCUCUCGAUUCUCCGGCGCCGAUGGAAGGGUUACAUGAGGCUGGACCACCGCCAUUCCUGAACAAGACAUUUCAGAUGGUGGACGAUCCAGGUACUGAGUCAAUCGUUUCGUGGAGUCCAGCUCGAGAUAGCUUCAUCGUUUGGGAUUCUCAUGAGUUCUCCAAAAAUCUUCUCCCAAAAUACUUCAAACACAGUAAUUUCUCAAGCUUCAUUCGCCAACUCAAUACUUACGGGUUUAAGAAAAUCGACCCAGAUCGAUGGGAAUUCGCAAACAAAGGUUUUCAAGGAGGGAAGAAGCAUUUGCUGAAGGACAUUAAGAGAAGAAGCAAAUACAAUAAACAACCAAACGGAGCCAUAAUUCCUCCCACGUACGAUUCGGUGGUUUUGGAAUCCGAAAUCGACAAUCUGAAGAAGGAUCAAAACUCAUUGAGAGACGAAAUCUCGAAUCUGAAAAGAGAACAGAAAAAUUCCCAGAACCAAAUCAUCUCCGUAGAAGAGCGAAUUCGAUGCGCCGAAUUCCGUCAACAGAAGAUGCUACUCUUCCUCACGAGGACCGUUCUCAGUUCCAAGUUCGUUAAUCAACUCAUCCAGAAGAGAAAGCAGAAGAAAGAGACCAUCGAUGCUAGCCAAAUCGCCAAGCGUCGCCGAGUUCUUCCCUCCGGCGAAGAACAAGAACAGGUUACGAUUCAAUCUAUCCACGCCGAAACUUUUCCGGUGACUGAUAAUGGUCCGGCGCCAUUUUUGAGCUCCACCGAAGAGGAAUCAGAUAGUGGAAGCGGUAGUGGUUCUGGUCCGGAGGUGUUGUCGGUUUAUAAUGUCGUAUCUGAGGAUCUUCUGAACGACACGUCGUUUUAUGAUGAAGAAUUGGCGGUAAACGACUCAACGAUUUAUCAUGAGUUGGAGGAUUUGAUUGAUGAGAAGCAUGAGGUGGACUGGAAUGCUGGUUGUAUUGGCUCAACUUUUUGAGUUUGGUUAAGCUCACUCACUCACAGUGACGGUCAGACGGUAUGUUUUUGAAAUUGGGAGAACAUAUUACGAUAUGGCUUUCUCUUUUUCUUUUUUUUUGUGGGGAUUACAUCUAGCUUUUCUUAACAGUGUCCAAAUCUUGAUAUCAUAAGAUUAUAGUUUUUUGGGUGCUGUCGUUUAAUAUGUAGAUUGUCGUUUAAGAGCAUGAAGUUAUGAGCAUAUAUAAACUUCAGCUCAGAUGUCUGUGCAUAAUGUUUAGGUACUUUAUGAAUCAAGCAAGAAUGUGUAAUAGAGAUAUAUUCCAAUAUCAUGUCUCGUUUCGUAGAUGAAAUCUUUACAAUUUUGAUUAAAAGAGAAAAGAAGAAAAAAGUGCAGAAUAUCUGAAUGAGAAUAUGAAUAUUUGAAAAUAUCUUAAUAAGGUAAUUUUGUCGUAUUCGAUAAAGACAAUUUGGAAUGAUAUAUCAUCUCUUUUUUAAUUUUUUUUUCUUUACUUCCUGACAUCCAACAUCUGAAUUUUUUUAUGAUUAUCCACUGUCUCUAUCCUUCAAACCAAAACAUAACUUGAUAUAGAGGAGAGGGAGGGAGCCCACUAGAAGGAAGGUUGAAGCCAGACCACAUUUUUAAUGGGACAACAAAACUAGUGUUCAUUAAAGUUGAAAUUGAUGAGUUAAUACAUCGUGUCAAUCAAAAUGUGGGAUAUACUUGAAUAUAAGCAAAUAGAUGCCCAAACUCGAUCCUGCUCCAAUUGAGGCGAUGCCUUUUCCAAAAAUUUCAAUUCUAAUCUUAACCGCACACAUAAUAUAUGUUAAAGAAAAAGGAAUUGGCCACACUCACCCAACAGCAAAUGUUCAUUUACAUUUUACAGUAAGUCUCGUGAUGAAAACAGUCACAACUAUACGGUAGGAGAGCUACACAAAAUAGCUUGUUAAUUAUUUAACUACUUGCAUAGAAGAGGAAAAUGAAAUUAAAACACUGACAUCAACUAUGAAUCAUGCAUAUGUAAUCAAUCUUUUAUGAUUUUUCUUUUUCCUAGUAAUUUUUAUACUAAUUGAUAAUAUAAAAAAUUAUAUAGAUGUCAAGGACUUGCUAUUUCUUUAUGCUCGGCUUACCAUUAUUAGACUCCUGACCAACCUUAUUGAAGAUGAAGAUAAAGAAUAGGAUAAAACAAACCGAUCAAUUUGUUGUUAGUCCUCAUUAAAUGCUUUUGUUAGAACUUCCAUGUAUCUUCUUUACUUCACUAGCCGUUCUAAUGGAGUGCCGUCUCCCAAAUAAGCCAACUGUGACAAGUCAUCAGCACUCGUUCUUUGAUUCAGAAAUCAGAUUUAAGUUAUUUAAUUCCUAAAAUAAAUGUUCAAAUUUCUUUUUAUUUGGUUUAUUAAAUUCUCUUACACCAAACAAUCUUACAAUCACAAUUAAGAUUUUUCUCUCUUGGCUUUAAAUAUAUGCAAGUUUUAAGUAUUGCAUAUCUGUUAAGUGAGAGGCGAGCCACACACUUCUAAAAUCAAAAGCAUUUUAAAAAAGGUAACAAGUAAUUUCUGGGGAAGUAGUAAUCUUAGUGAGCUCUAACCUGACUUUCGUGUAGUGCAACAUAGCACAAGGAUUGAUAGAUGUACUUACCUGUUCAAGAGAGUUGUUGUCCUCUCCAGCUGAAUUCUUGACCUUAGCCCAUUUAGAAAAGCAUAAUCAUCAAUUAAUUAGAGCCUUAGCCAGAGAAGACAAAGGAAAAUAAUGCCUAUUCAUAUCUAAAAGAUAACCGUGUAAAGUAAAUGAGAUGAAGCAACAAAUGAUAACAAAUAAAUAACCUAUUAUACAUUCUAGAAAUCCCCCAUACUCGCAUUUGUACAACACCCUCUCAUAUUUUUGUGUGGAGAUAGAGUAGGAAAAAUAUCAUCAAGCAGGUGACUCAUAAUGAGUUGCACAUAACACACAGAUUUAUUACAUAGCAAGCAAUUUUUAAUUUUUCAUGAAGGGGGAGCCGUAAAAUUAGGAAUGAAUAGCUUAACAUCAAGAAGAAAGAAAGAGUUAUCCUUGGAGAUUUGAACCUUUUGGCGCAUGGGAGAACAACAGGGAGUUUUUUCUAUGCACAUAUAAAGUAAUUACCUUACAACAAUUUCCUCGGCAGAUGAUGAUGCCCUUUUUUCUGCUUGCUCUAAUAUAUCUCUACACUCUUGGAGAACUUUGCCUCCCUCAGUAGGGUUAAAGUAAUCUGCAGAUCCAGUUAACUGCUGUGCUAUUUUAAGUUCUUUUGUUCCAUUUCAGUGUAAGAUCAGAUGGACUUGCUCCCUUUAUUAAAAGAGAUAUCAAGCAACUCCAGUACCUUAUGGAUUAUCUUUACAUGUUAAAUGCUUGUAUUGUGGCAAAGCCUUAUCAAGAGUAACUGCAUUAAUUUUGAAUUUAACAAUAUAAUUGCAGCAGAUAGAACCACCGAGACAUCAUCAGGAGCAGUUUUGUCGAGAAUACAUGUAUAAAGUGCCAGUGAAAACAUAACUAUACAAGGCAUAAAUAAUGUAAAUGAAAACAACCCAUAAUGUAUUCCCAACAACUACGAGCAGUAUACGAGCAUUAUAACAGUAUGUUAGGAUGUUAUUAUUGUCUAUUACACCAGGAACAAAGUUUAACCAUCAUUACAGAAUUAAUCCAAAGAGCUCAAAGAUACAAAACCCACCUGAUAAAGCACUCCAAUUCGGCAACUUGAAACGUGAAAGAAGCGUAGCGAACAAUCUAUUCACACAAAACCGCCACAGCCACCUCGUAAUCCUUAGCCAUGUCCUUCAAUUCGAACCUAGAACAUCUACCCUACGACCCAGCAUACGCACUCCGAAAGAACUCAUUUCCCCCUCGAGAAUGCACCGGAAUUUUCCUACCUCCGGUCACGGCGAAGCUGGGUUUGGUAAAGAAUUCAAAAUAGAAGAGAGUACAGAUUCUGCGAGAAGCGAUAGAGGCCAACAUCGGAAGGCUCAGGCUCCGAUGAGACUUGCCUUAAGUAACGAUUAUUGGUUAAGACCUCCUUAUAAAUAAUCAGAAAAUCUAGUUUUGGUACCAUGCUGC